GCAGCGACGGCGAGUCGGAACCAUCUCUCGGCUCGAAUAACACGCGUACACCGCGGGGGGGAAACACCGGUGGCGUUUCGUGUUCCUCGAGCGCACCAUCGCGGCGGCGGAGAGCAUGAGGGCGCACGGCUCGCGCCUCAACGAGAUUCCCGCAGUGAUUCGACUUCGAAAAACGACGGGUUCGUUUCUUCGGUCGGCCGAGCGAAUCGGCACUUGUCGGAUCUUCGUUUGUCCGUUCGGUGUCCGUCCCGAAUCAUCGUCCCCCGUCUGUAAUGUAAACAUAAAGCGGGGCCUCCCCCCCGUUUAUCUUCACUUGGGAGUAACCGCGAUAUCGCCACGCCGGCGGCCCUGCAGGAGGCGAGUGCACACUCCCGUCUCUUCCCCGUAUUCACCUUCUGUCACCGUGCGUCCCGUAUUCCCGCGAUACGUCACGCAGGAAGUCACCGUCUCCUCCCUUAAUUCGGACUGUUCACGGCGACGUUCACGGCGUACGCGGAGAGUUAACGUUUUGACAGCUGCGGGUUAACUCGCGACUCGCAGUUGCCCUUCGCAGUUCCUUUUUAUGUAAGCCCCCCGUGUUUUGCAAUAUGCUGCCGUGGCCGAGUUGCGCGCUACGAGGUUCUAACGUGCGAAAUCGUACGGGCGAGUGACAUCAUUCGCAGCGCUGCUCUGAUUGAUAUUAUUGCGCUCUUCGCGUUCUACUCGUCGCGAUCACCGAUGCAUUCCGAGUCUGGAGGAUAGCAGAGUUCGUGUUUUGUACUCGUCUGCGCUUGGUUUUCGUUGUGAAGCUUGUGACACAGAUACAAAAUUCAAACUGAGAAACGAUGAAUGCCUCAGAACAUGGGUUUAACCCAGCCUUUAAUAUGGCCUCCAUAAAGCAAGCUUUCAAUGAGGCUGUAGAAAGAGUCUCAACAGUUAGGAUGCCUGCGCCGACACGGUUGAGGGAUCUGAUUAGACAAAUACGAGCCGCGCGGACGGCAGCGGAAGAGAGAACAGUCGUGAACAAGGAGUGUGCGUAUAUCCGUUCGACAUUUAGAGAAGAAGAUAGUGUGUGGAGAUGUCGUAACAUUGCGAAGCUAUUGUAUAUCCAUAUGCUGGGGUAUCCAGCGCAUUUUGGCCAAUUGGAAUGCUUAAAGCUUAUUGCUUCACCGAGAUUUACGGACAAACGAAUCGGUUACUUGGGGGCCAUGUUAUUACUGGACGAACGACAGGAUGUGCAUCUCCUGAUAACAAAUUGUUUAAAAAAUGAUUUGAACAGUUCAACGCAGUUCGUCAUCGGUUUGGCGUUGUGCACUCUGGGCGCGAUCGCGUCGCCGGAGAUGGCAAGAGAUCUUGCGUCCGAGGUCGAGAGACUGAUGAAGUCGCCGAACGCGUACAUCCGGAAGAAAGCGGCGCUCUGCGCCUUUCGGAUCAUCAGACGCGUGCCGGAGCUGAUGGAGAUGUUUUUGCCGGCCACUCGCAGCUUAAUCACCGAGAAGAAUCACGGGGUGCUCAUCACCGGCGUCACCCUCAUCACGGAGAUGUGCGAGAACAGCAUCGACACGUUGAAUCACUUUAAAAAGGAAUGCGGCCAUCGUGAGAUUGUGCCAAACCUCGUAAGAAUCCUGAAGAAUCUGAUCCUAGCCGGAUACUCGCCUGAGCACGACGUGUCUGGGGUGUCCGAUCCGUUUCUUCAAGUGAAGAUAUUGCGUCUCCUUCGUAUUCUGGGACGUAAUGACGUCGACGCGUCCGAGGCCAUGAACGAUAUACUUGCUCAAGUCGCGACCAACACGGAAACCAGUAAAAACGUUGGCAAUACGAUACUCUACGAAACGGUUCUCUCGAUCAUGGAUAUCAAGUCGGAGAGCGGGCUUCGAGUCUUAGCAGUCAAUAUACUCGGCAGAUUUUUACUGAAUAAUGAUAAGAAUAUCAGAUACGUGGCCUUGAACACGUUGCUGAAGACGGUUUACGUGGACACAAGCGCGGUGCAGAGGCAUCGAUCGACAAUUCUAGAAUGCUUGAAAGAUCCGGAUGUGUCAAUCAGGAGGCGCGCGAUGGAACUGAGUUUCGCACUCGUAAACUCCAACAAUAUCAGAAACAUGAUAAAGGAAUUGCUCUUGUUUUUGGAACGCGCCGAUCCGGAAUUCAAGGCUCAAUGCAGCAGCAAUAUUGUGAUGUCCGCAGAGAGAUUCGCUCCGAACAAACGUUGGCAUCUCGAGACGCUGUUCAAAGUCCUCGUCGCGGCUGGUAAUUACGUGCGAGACGACGUGGUGGCGUGUACGAUACAGUUAAUAUCGGAGACGCAGUCUCAACAGAGUUUCGCCGUCAGCGCAUUGUGGCGCGCGUUAGAAAAAGAUACGUCCGACAAGCAGCCCUUGGCGCAAGUAGCUACGUGGUGCAUCGGCGAGUACGGCGAUUUAUUGUUGUACGGUCCGCCGUCGGAGGACGUUGAAACUCCGAUCAGUUUGACAGAGGAUGAAGUUAUCGAUGUGUAUCAGAGGUUACUCUGGAAUCCGCAGAACACUGUGGUUACAAAACAGUACACUUUAUUGUCUCUCACGAAAUUGAGCACGAGGUUCCAGAAAGGUCACGAAAAAAUUCGUCAGAUCAUAGAUACAUUUGGUAGCAAUUUGCAUAUCGAGUUACAGCAGAGAGGCAUUGAGUUCUCGCAGUUGUUCCGGAAGUACGAUCACCUGCGGCCCGCGCUGCUCGAGAGAAUGCCGCCGAUGGAGACGGCGCGGCCGCAAGCUAACGGUAUUAUUGGCAUGGUGAACGGCGAGCCGGAACCGGAAGACGAGAAAUUGUCCACGAUCGAACCGACCACAACUACAUCCGAUUCAAGUGCACUUUUAGAUUUACUUGGAACUACGGAUGUGGGAGUGACGAUGCCGGCGACCACUAAAAACUCCUCGCCGAGUUCGAUCGCGGUGGCGCAUAAUAACGAUCUAUUAGAUCUGCUCGGAAAUUUGGAUUUGAAUACACCUACGCCUGCUGCGCCUACGCUACCGUUGCAACCGCAAGCAUCAACGCCACCCAUGUUCAGUCCCACUAGUACGAACAACUUCUUAAUGGAUGGAUUGCUCAAUACUCCGUCGGUUCAAAAUGAGGUAUCGAGCAUGGUGGUCUUGGACAAGGCAGGGCUCAAAAUAACGUUUAAAUUGGAGAGACCACCAGAUGUUCCCGAUCUAUUAGUUAUAAAUAUGCAGGCUCAGAACUCUGGAAGCACCACUUUAACCGAUUUUCUGUUCCAAGCAGCAGUUCCUAGGACAUUCCAAUUACAAAUGUUAUCGCCGUCAGGUACUGUCAUUCCGCCGUCUGGUCAAGUAACUCAAGUGUUGAGAGUCACGAAUAUGAAUAGAGCAGCGUUAAGGAUGAGAUUGCGUAUAUCGUAUACGGGCCCGACUGGACCAGUUCUGGAACAAACGGAAGUCAAUAACUUUCCCGGCUUCACAUCACAGUGACAAGAUCUAAUACAAAAAACAUUUGUACAUAUGGCCGCCUAAAAAUAAUUAAUCGAAUCUUGAAGACAGACUGAGAGGAAGAGGAAAUACGGUCUCCCCUUGUCAGGAACAGUGAAACAUACAAUUUGGCAAACGGAUGUAUCUAACACACACACACACAAGCAUUUGUAUUAAGCAACUGAACCCUUGCGUAUAUAUGGCACUGACCUAAACCUUGUAAGGAGACUUUCGGAUUUGUUCAAGCAACAAUAUGUGAUUUAAUUUCGCGUACGAUGUAAGAAUGGAUUCUUCGAACAAUAUUAAUUCUUUCGGCACAUACAUCAAUGCUAUUGUGAAUACGUGAAUUGCGAUAAACUUGGCGUCGCGGAUAACGUGAUAUUUACGCCAGAGUUUUUCAAAAUUACGUACCAUUAUCAGUUACAAUGUGAGGGUGUAAGUACUUUGCUCUCAUACUGUGCCGCGCGUGUGUGAAAAGAAAGAGAUGUAAAUAUUUUUUCUAACCGAAACACGCGGUAGGAGUUGGGGAAAUACUGGAGUACUUCGAACGGUCGCAUUCCCGCUGUUUUACGGCUACUAAUUUAGCGCGUAAUUUCUCAUGUAGGCUAAAUGAGAUAGAAAACGGAAGUAAAUAGGGAAACGAAUGUUGAGAGAAGACAACAGACAAACACAUCAGACGCAUAACACGCCACUUGAGAGAAAGAGAAACGGAGGAAAACCGUGAUGCUUCGGAAGGAGUUCCGUCACCGAAAGUGCUGUCGCUGCCCCCAAAAACUUAUCGACGAGAAGGCGCUUAACUCUCGCUGUAACAAAUCGAUCUUUUCUACCGCUACAUUUGUAAGUAAGACACCGCGGAUAACUCGCGGCAUCGUCCUGUACAUAUUAGAUAAUCGCAGUGACGUAUAGAGGUGAGAAAAAUACGAGCAAAAUGGGGAAAUACUAAAAAAAAAAAAACAACCGCGAAAUGGGAUUCUUUAUAUGUGUACACGAUACAGCUGUUAACUCAAUAACAAAUGCGAAUAUUCAUGUUUUCGUCUUCGAGUGAUAUUUUUUUUGGGGAGGGGGGAAUGUACACACACACACAAAACACAUUGCUGAUACACGUAUACACAUAACACGGACGUUUAGGAUGGAUGAGUGUGCGAUGUAUGCGCGAUUAUACUGUUUUGAAUUUGUAUUCAGAGUACAGAGUAACAUUGAAGGGCUGAAUUCUGAUUGUCAUGUUAUCUGCGCGUGUAUGCAUGUAUGCUGAACAUUACAUUCGGUUAUCAUUACGAGAGAGGUCGGGGAAAUUCUUGUCGACCAACUGCCUCUUCGGUCAAAUGAUAUUGAUUCAUUCAAAACAUCGCCCUAACAGUGUUUCGCUGGAUUAUGUAUUUCGCUAGACACGAUCAUUGGAUUUUAUCAAAUUGAUUCUAACGAGAAUUAUUGUAUAAACACGAGCUUAUAACUCUAGUAUGUCAUUUGAUUGAAAAAUUAUUAUACAAAAAAAAAACGUUAUAAAUUUCAUUUGCUUUAAGAUUGAUUUUGUAUCCGUAAACUGUAGUCCAACUGAAAUCUAAUUCCAUGUCAUCGUUUUUACGCAAGUCAGAACGUAAAAUUGAACAAUUAUAUAUACAUACAUGUUGACAAUAGUCUACUUUUUAAGUUGUAGUAAACACUAACAUGAAAUUAACAAUAAAGUAACUGUGUUGAUUUUUAUUAUCUAA